AUUAUCUCCAUCUAACUACAAAAACCCCCAACCCACCAACAAAAUGUCCUACAAUCUCACCAUAAAUCCCAUCCUCUCCCCGCCCAACAGCGACUCCCUGAUCUCCUUCCUAGAAUCCUUCUAUAAAACCAGCGACACCGAGUUCCUGCACGAAAAAUACGUCCAGAGUUUCACAGAAGAUGCCACAUUAAUCAUGGGGUCGAAGGUCGCAAACGGAUCUAAAGAAAUCCUUAAUCUGCGACACGGGCUCUGGACGCAUGUGAAGUCGAGGAAGCAUUUUCCGACGCGGGUUUAUUUUGGGGGAGACAGGGAGUUGAUGCUUUAUGGGACGGUGAGGUAUGUGCUUAAGGCGGAUGCGGAGAAUGAGAUUGAGGUGCCGUGGGCUGGACGGGUGGUUUUUGAUGAGAAGGAGGUGAAGAUGAGGUUUUAUCAGGUUUACUUGGAUCCUACGGCGCAGUCGGGGAGAUAAGGUGUAGAUCCAUCGAUCGAUCGAUAGACUAGGGCUUGAGUGGUAGUUUGUACAUAUCUACGGUUGUUUUUAUAUAACCUACGCUUACGCUCCCG